GAAUGGUUCAAGGAUCUGCUUUCAUUUGUUUCAUCUGCCGAGCGACUCGUCGUCUACCAUAUUUCCAAAAUCCUUUCUUUCAACAUGUUAGUAGUUUUGAGAGAUGGAAGCAGCUCGAACAGUGAUAAGCUUGAGAGUUGAGACCUCUGGUGGACGGGGUGCUCUCGCGCCAGGUUCUCUAUCUCCCACUUCAACUCUGAUCUCUGAUGUUCAGUCUCUCUGCCCUUACUCUGUUUUAUGGUUUCUGCAUUAAAAACCUAACCUCGUAUUCAUACAUAGACGAGAUGGGAGCUGUCUAAAGAAAAGCAUAUUUAAUUUUUUUAAUGAAGAUGAGAUUUUUUGGACGAAAUGUUGGUCUUGAUGUUCCAGUAGCUGUCCUAAUUCUUGGCGGGGCACUCAAGUUUGUGUACCUGCUGUAAAUAUGGACAAACAGCCAUUUGUGGGAUUUAGGUGGGCUUGCGAUGAGUUCAGCAAUGCCCAUAAAGAACCCACAUCACAUGAAAUCCUAUCAUCAGCCAAUUUUCAUAAUUUACUUCUUUCUGGGUAAAUUUUUAUAAUUUCAUGGAAAACUAUGUCUUUCAUAAUUUGUUGUUCUAACUACUGAAAUUGCGGUUUGAAAGAAGUUAUCGUGUGCACUUUACAUUGGAAAGGCGAGAUCUUGGCAAGCAGUUCGAGGAUGUAAAGAGUUCCGGAAUCGAUUUAAGUCAAGGCAGCAGGAGUUAAAUAUCACCAGGACCAACUGCACUUCAAGUUUGCAAGGGCUCAAAUCACUACCAACCAAAAGAGAUGUGAAAGAGGAGAAGACAAAAGGUGGCAGGUAAAAGAGGGAGAGAGGAAGCUGAACUUUUGAAGCACUGAAAUGCCGGUUUUAGCCUGCAACUGCUUCGCGCCUUCCCUAGAAGUACGAAAAUGGAAUGAGAUUAUGAAGAAGUACAUGCUCAUGGGGGACGCAGAACAAGCUAUUCUAACUUACGUGAAUAUGCAAGUACUUGGCUUUGAUGUUGAUAAUUAUACAUUUCCUGUUGUACUCAAAGCAGCUGGGAAGAGUUGUGUCUCUCAUAUUGGCUUUGCCCUUCACGGUCAGACGAUAAAAACUGGUUUAGCUGCACAUCCUUUUGUCCAAACUGCUUUGAUAAACAUGUAUGGGACUCUUCAUCACAUUGUUGAUGCUUGUAAAGUGUUUGCAAAGAUGCCUGUCAAAGAUUUGGUUUCGUGGAACUCCAUGUUGGAUGCACAUGCUUCUAAUGGCCAGAUGGAAGAUGCUAUUCAUCUGUUCAAUUUGAUGCCUUUAAAGGACCAAUCAUCUUUUAAUAUCAUGAUUUCUGGGUACUCAAGCUGUGGGGAAGCAUUAUCUGCUAGAAGCAUCUUUGAUAAAAUGACGGUGAAGGAUACUGUCUCUUGGAAUUCAAUGAUAUCAGCAUAUACUCGAGCUGGAUAUAUGGAGAAGGCUCAUGCAUUGUUCAGGGAAAUGCCAGUGAAAAAUCCCAUCACAUGGAACACAAUGAUCACAGGGUGUUUACAAAGUGAACAUUUCAAUGAGGCUCUUGAUUUGUUUGAUGAAAUGAAGACAACAAAUUGCAUUCCAGAUUAUCUAACAGUGACUAGUGUUUUGUCCGCAUGUGCGCAUUUGGGAUCUCUAGAAACAGGAACUAAAAUCCACAUAUAUGCCAUUGAUAGUGGGCUUGCAUCAAGUCCCCAUGUGACAACAGCUUUGAUAGAGAUGUAUGCCAAAUGUGGAAGCAUAGAGCAAGCUCUACAAGUGUUCCAUAAAUCCCAAGUUAAGGAUAUUUUUUGUUGGAAUGCUAUGAUCUCUGGGCUUGCACUUCAUGGUCAAGGAUAUGCUGCUUUAGAACUCUUUGACAAGAUGAGAAGUAAGCUUGUAAGGCCUGAUGAUAUUACCUUCAUUGGCCUACUCAAUGCCUGUAGCCAUUCAGGUCUGGUACAAGAGGGUUGCCACCUAUUUGAUUCCAUGCAAGAGGACUUUGGAAUAUCUCCCAAGUUGGAGCACUAUGGAUGCAUGGUUGAUCUUCUGGGAAGGGCUGGGCAUCUUGAUCAAGCAUAUCAGGUAAUUGAAGCAAUGCCAUUUGAACCAGGAGAAUCCAUCCUGGGUGCAUUGCUUAGUGCCUGUGUGAUUCAUCAGGAUCUUGAGACUGGUGAGAGAGUGAUGAAGCUAAUUUCUUCUAAAGCCCGCUACCUUAGCGACGGGGAGCUAAUGAUGUUUGCAAACUUAUAUGCAUCGUGUGGUAAUUGGGAAGAAGCAAACAGAUGGAGGGAGAUGAUGAAUGACACAGGCAUUGUUAAAACUGCUGGACAAAGUGCAAUUGAAGUGAGUGGAAAGUUUCAUCAGUUCCUGGCUGGAGAAACUGGGCAAAAGUUGCACAUAAAUGGUACUUAACACAUGUCCUGGCUAUGUAGUUUACCCGUGAAUCGAAGAGAAUGUUAUUAUUUAGUACUUUAUUUUAAUAAAAUUAAUUAUUUAAUAGAGAA